CGCAGCAGACGAUGGCCCGGUACGCUUCAAGUUUAUUAAUAAAUGUGAACGAUCUUCUGCAUCUUCAAGGUGUCGAGAAACAAAAAGUUGAGUUCAAGAAAGCGUGGCAUGGAAAACAAGGACCACGAGGUACGUACUGGCAAGUCGUUCAUACAAUUUGCGCGUACGCCAACGACUUCUUCAAUGACAAUGGCGGAUACAUUAUCAUUGGUGUUGAUGAGAAAGAAACCUGGGAAGACUCAGACGAUCGUCAAGUCAAUUAUCCUCCGGUCGGUGUUUCGGCAAAAGAUCUUGAGAGGAUACAGAGGGAGAUAUUAGGGGCUUGCCGGGCCCAAAUAAAACCAGAUUAUCAUCCUGUACUUUCACCCGAAAUGGUUGAGUGCCCCGACGGAAUACGAAAGCAUGUGCUGGUUAUCUGGGCCAUGGCUUCUGAUAACAAACCUCACACAUGCAAAGAAAACGAGAAAGGAAGGGAUCUUUACUAUGUGAGGCAAGGAACAGAGACCAAGAUGGCGACCCCUGUGCAAAUCGAGGAGCUUUUGCGCCAAGGAAAUAAAAUUCCUUUUGAUGACAGGAGAGCAAUUGACUAUGAAUGCGGAAGGCAGCUGUCUGAAGGCGACAUAGACUUACACCUUGUAAAGAAAUUUUUGAAGGACGUGCAGUCUAAAAUGCUUGAACACGAAGACAAAGAAGACUCAGUUGAGUUUUACAUGCGAAUGAGACUGCUACGACGCGUUGGGGAUAAAAGAAGUGGUGACCACCUACUUCCAGUCUGGGUACCACGAAAUGUGGCCAUACUAUUCUUCCACCCUACCCCUCAUGAGUUCUUGAGAGGGGCAAGAACUGAAAUUGCCAUCUACAGCCAUGAUGAUGUAACAGACGAAGUGCCGGUCACAGGACCAAUUGAUCACCAGAUCGAUACAGUGCUGUCAAUUAUCGUGAAGAGAACAAAAGAAGAUGCUCGCUAUGAAUUUGUGGCAUAUCCAGAGAGGGCUCUUCGUGAAGCAGUUGUAAAUGCCUUCCAUCACAGAGGGUAGGAAGACUGCAACUGUGACCCAAUCAAAAUCCACAUCAAGCCAGAUUGCAUCGAUGUCAUAAGUUACCCAGGUCCAAGCCCAACCCUUACAAAGGAGCAUUUCACAGAAGGCAGUAAAGUACCAGAGGUACCGUCUAGGAACAGAAGGAUUGCAGAGUUCCUUAAGGAGAGAAAAUUGGCUGAAGCACGUUUUACUGGCGUAAGAACAAUUUUCAAAUCGAUGAAGCAGAACAAAAACCCCAUGCCAUCCUUUGACUUUGAUCCGACACACUUUCGCGUCCGCCUUCCUGGGCACCCGAAGCACACAGCUUACUCAAUUCUAAGAGAUGUCAACACCCUUUGUGCAAAGGGUGAGAAGGAUGAUGCAGUGAAACUUCUGAUGGGAAUUCUUGAUGGUCAUCUUCAAAAUGAAAACCCAGUCAUGUGUUCUGACAUGUUGAUUUGUAAGUUGCUCGAGCUGUAUGAUGAUGACAUCAGCCAUCCAGAUGUGCAACCAUAUGAAAGAUUCAUCUCUGAGAAACUGAAGUUCCGCAUUCCACUCAUUUCAGAGCUGUGCAAGUGGUGUGUUGCCGAUGAAAUGCCAGAUAUUUCCAUCGGGGUUACGAUCGUUAAGGAGCUAGUGCUAAAAGGGGCAACAAACGAGGAUUUGCAGUCUGCUAUUUCUAAAGCAGUUUCUUUAUGUCAAGAGCGAAGUGAAGAUGGAAGACCAGUACUGGAGUCCAUUCAAAAUGCCCACAAGCUGUUUGAGGCAAUGGGCGAUGUUACUCAAACAAAUUCUUACGUGGCAUUUCAGUUUGCAUGUUGCAAAUUUGAUUUAUAUAUCAACACAAUAAAUCAAACCGAUAAAUGUCGUUAUAAACAACAAGAAAAACAUCGAGAUAGACAAGCAGACAGACAUCGCAAGGAUCUUAUACCCUACCUAAAAGAAGCAGAGGACUACGUCUACAAGGCAAUCCAGCUUACAAAUGAAGAAUACAAACGUCAUCACGCAAUGCAGUAUCGCCAGCUUGGCUACAUUCAUUCUCAGCUGUACUUGAUAAAAAAAUCAACAGUGGCAAAGAUCACUGCUUUCUAUGACAACGCUCGAAAAUACAAUCCAAAAAUCAAGAUCAGCCGAGUAUUCAUUCCACCAGAAUACCAGUCCCGAUACAUGCCAACGUCGCCCAGCCUCGAGAGUCAACUUUCUGACACUUCUUUUGAGUGGUAACUGAGUAACACAUUUACAAUAAGACUGUGGCCAUAAACAAACUGAAGAGCUCAAGUUUACAUGUGAGUAACUUCUAUGAAGUACAUCUGGCAUUCUUAGCAAAGUACUCAUUGAGGCAAGAAAGGGACUUCUAUUUCUUCUCAAACCUAAGAAACAAACUUUGUAUUGAAAAAUCAUUGUAAAAACAAGAACACAUGGGAUUGGCCCUGGAACACCCCCUCCUUACCCCUUUCCCCACUCAACCCCUCCCCAAACACAUACAAGGUGCACGCAAAUUAGGCGAAACCACAUUGUAUCAUUUUCAAACUUUCAGUCCCUUGGAGUUUUCAAAACAGAUCUAUGGUCGUUUUUCUCAUUUUAUGCCCACCACUGUCAAAUUUCACACAUCCAUGCCUGAAGAGAAUAUACAUAGAAAAUUUAGGACUUUUUAUAAAUUUUUUUCUGGGACUAUUUCUUUUUCCAUUUGCUUCCAAAAUUUUUAAAUAAUAAUUUCCACAAGCAGGCCCCAUUUGAUAAAAAUUAAUUUUAAAAUCGGUCAAUCUUAAAUCUGUUAUCGACAGUGCUGAAGAUUGUCAAAAGGUGUCUGAAAAUUAAAUCUCAACAAAGAUAUCCUUUAGCUUUCAAGCAGGAUUUGACUAAGAAUUCAUCCAGUGUUUCACUUCCUAUGUAUCUACUGCAUAAAACAAAUGAUCGAAAAGUAAUUGUGUAAAAAGACCUAGACAAGAUAAAAAAAUCAGCAAUGUACUGAGGGACCUGAGGCAAGAUGUACCAUAGAGAGAAAAUCUGUUUCAAAUAUUUAAGAUUUUGCAGAGUUCCCUGUGCAAUGAAAAUAAACAAAGUAGCUUCUGGA